GUACUCCUAUCAAUAAACCACCUGUUCUGGGCUACAAGGACCUUAAUCUCUUCAAACUUUUUAGACUGGUGUAUCAGCAGGGUGGAUGUGACAGCAUUGAGAGUGGUGCUGUAUGGAAGCAAAUUUAUAUGGACCUUGGCAUUCCUAUUUUGAACUCGGCUGCUUCCUACAAUGUAAAAACCGCUUAUAGAAAGUAUCUUUAUGGUUUUGAAGAGUACUGCCGUUCUGCAAACAUUCAGUUUCGGACCAUCCAUCACAAUGAGCCAAAAGUGGUAGAAGACAUACAGAAACACGAGGAACCAAUGGAGGAAAGUGUAAAAGAGGAACCAAAAAUGCCCCCAACAGAAGUUAAAGAAGUGGAAGAAAACUAUUCUAGCAGUGAAAGUGAAAAAGAAGAAAUAGAACUGAGAUCCCCAAGGGGACGAAGAAGGCUUGCCCGUGACACAACACCUGCUAAAAAAGAUAGUGAAGAGGAAAAAACACAAGAAAAAUUAAAAGACAGUAACAAAGAAAACAAAGAUAUAGAGGAAGCACCUGAGAAUGCAGAAAAGAAAGAAAACGGAACUCCACUUGGGAGGAAAACUACACCAAAGCAAAAAGAGAAAAAAAUGAAAAAACAGGAGGAUUCUGAUAAAGAGUCAGAUGAAGAGGAAGGGAGGCAGAGGGAGAGGGAGGAAAUUGAGAACAAGGGAGAAUCGGAAGGUGAAGAGGAUGAGGAGGAUGCAGAACCCUGCCUGACUGGAACCAAAGUGAAAGUAAAAUACGGACGUGGAAAGACUCAAAAAAUUUAUGAAGCUAGUAUUAAAAGCACAGAAAUUGAUGAUGGAGAAGUUUUAUAUUUAGUUCAUUACUAUGGGUGGAAUGUAAGAUACGAUGAGUGGGUGAAAGCUGAUCGCAUUAUCUGGCCUGUGGACAAAGGAGGACCAAAGAGAAAACAGAAGAAAAAAACAAAAAAUAAAGAAGAUGGUGAGAAGGAUGAGAGGAAGGAUGAGGAGAGGCAAAAAUCAAAGCGUGGGCGACCCCCUCUGAAAUCUACUCUUCCAUCAAACACGUCUUGCAGUUUAUCCAAAACGCCCAAUAGUGAAGGUAAAUCGGGAGCCAGAGGUGCACGGAACAACUUGUCAGAUUCCUCACCAUUACCAAAUGGAACAGAAGACUCUGGCUCAUCUGACAGUGAAGCAGAUGAAUCAUCUGAAAAGAAUUUGAACGAAGAAUUUUCUCCAGAAACUUCCGAACUGGAAAAGGGUGAAAAACUGCAUGAUGAGAAGCUAGAUGAAGAAAACCCAAAGAUUCCUCAGGCACUGAAAGAAAAUGACAGGACUCAAGUGCAGCCAUUAGAAACACUGAAACUGGAAGUUGAAGAAAGCGAACAAAUUGUUCAGAUUUUUGGAAAUAAAACAGAACAAAUAGAAGAAAUCAAAAGAGAGGCUGAAAAAUCACUGAAAGGAAAAGGGCGAAGGAGCAAGACAAAAGAUCCCUCUUCAGACAAUGCGAAGAUUUCACCAGGAAGCCAAGAAGAGGUGGCAAAUGAAUCUCUUACAGAACCUGAAAGAUUAGACAUGUCUUCCUUGGACUGUAAAGAAAUUGCCAGCACUCCGGAAAGUGAAACAGAGCCUUCUGCAAAAGAUAAGAAGCUUUUGAAAAGGAAAAUCUUGGAACAGGCAUCACCCGAGAAGAGAAAUCGUCGAGAGAGUGAGGUGGAAGUGCCAAAUAUCGUAUCCGAAGAGAGGAGCAGUGAAUGUACCGGCGCGGAGGAAUGUCGAGGGCUGAAUGCUGACGAGUCCCUCAGAGCUGAAAAUGAGGAAAUGCCAUCCCUGGUGGCAGAGUCGGUCCAGCAUGGGCAGGAGCUGAGGAGUGAGCACUUCGAACAUCCAUCUGAAGAAAGCGAGAGCGUUCCCGUAAAAGAGGAGGAUGAUGCAAUGCCUCAGAUUGGCCCCGAAACUUUGUUCUGCCAUGAAGUAGACUUGGAUGACUUGGAUGAAAAGGAGAAGAGCAGCAGUGAAGAUACAGGAUCAGAGAAGCCAGACCCUAACGCUUCAAACUCAAAUCCGUCUGCCUUAGCCCCCACCGCCCCGUCGAGCUUUGCAGCGGCCUCGCCUCUUGCGCUGAGUCAGGAUGAGUCGCGCAGUAUCAAGAGCGAAAGUGACGUGACUAUCGAAGUCGACAGCGUGGCAGAGGAGUCUCAGGAAGGUCUGUGUGAAAGCGAGUCCGCUAAUGGAUUUGAAGCCAGUACCAUGUCAAGCAAUUGUAGUCUAGCCAUGCAAGAGAGAGAGAUCGGAGAGAAAGGUCAAAAAAGACCCAGUGAGAGCAAUAGUGGAACACUAGCAAAAAAACAAAAGCGGACUCCAAAGCGGACAAGUGCUGCAGCCAAAAAUGAAAAGAAUGGGACAG